AUGUCCUACGAUCGUCCUCGCUCUCGCGGAUUCUUCGAACGCGAUCGUCACGGCCACGAACGCAUCAUUUUCCGCUCAAACUCAAACUCAAAUUCUCAUCGUCGCUCCACUUCCCAACCCCGCACCAUGGUUCAUGAAUUAGCAAGCGAUCUUGAAGAUCGCAAUGCUGAACUACAAGCUGUUGCAGAAUCACUCAAAACAGAAAUGGCAAUUGCAGAGAGUAGGAACUGGCAACUGAUUUCUGAUAAUAGUGCUUUACGAGAUAUCGUGCAGGUACUCAAGGGAGACAAAGAAAUUCUGAGAAGAGAGAGUGAAGAGAAGAGUAUAGAUAUCGAAUACCUUGAAGAAACAGUUGCGAAAUUGGAGGAGAGAGUUAGAUUGAUGAGAAGGGGUUUGACUGGGCGAGGAAUUCUGAGUGAAGGGGGGUUGAAAGAAAGACUUGAGGAUAAAGUUGGCGAGAUCGAGAGGUUGAGCGAGUUACUCAAAGUUAUGGAUGAUAAGCUUAGUGAGAGGAACCGGUGGUUGGCGGAGAAGGAUAAUAAGUUGGGUCAGUUGAAGAGGUGGAUUGUGAGUAAGGGAUUUCGUGUUGAGGGGGUUUGA